CUGGCGGAGAUGGCGGGGGCCCUAGAGAAGAAGAAGCGGGUACGCUUCGCCCGCCUGGAAGAGGCUCGGGAUGAGGAAGAGGAGGAGUUGGUUCGGGGCCCGAGCUCGGUUAGGGACGCCCUUCAGCCGGAGGUGAUCGUGGCUGACAGGAGCGGCCGAAGAAGCCGGGCAGGAGGCGGUGGGCUGACCAAGGAGCAGCUCCAGGAAGUGGCGGCGGCGGCGGCUCCGGGGCGUGCGCUGAAGUGGUGCAUUUCAGCGACUCUUUGUGCUGCUUUCCUAGGCCUGGGUAUGGCCAUUGCUGUCCUAGGGCCUACGUUUCAAGAUCUGGCUACAAACGUAAACAGAAGUGUUAGUCAAAUAUCCUACAUCUUUGUGGGCCGCUCAGCGGGCUAUUUUGGUGGUUCUCUGAUUGGAGGGAUACUUUUUGACUAUAUGAAUGCUCAGCUUCUCUUGGGAUUGUCUAUGCUGGGUACAGCUAUAGGUCUGUGUGUCAUCCCGUGGUGUAAGAAAGCACUUUUGUUGACAGCAAUGAUGUCUGUCAUUGGCUCUGCAAUGGGAGUCCUAGAUACAGGUGGCAACGUUCUUGCCUUGGCCACAUGGAAGGAAGAGGUUGGUCCUCAUAUGCAGGCCUUACACUUCAGUUUUGCCCUGGGUGCCUUUGUGGCUCCCAUCCUGGCCAAGAUGGCACUGAGCGGCUCUCCCACAGAUCCUGACGUCCGUCUAAACAGCAGUGCUGACAAUCAGACUUCUUUUAAUUCAAAUUCUGCUGCUCUUUUGGGGCCGAAGCUGCAUUUAAACAUGAACUUUGUGUGGACGUAUGUUGUUAUAGGCUCUUAUCUCUUUGUUGUUGCAUUGAUUUUCCUUAUCUUAUACUUGAAGAGAAGUCAUGUUCGAGACAGAACAAAGCUUUCUGUGCAGAAAUACCAGUCCACCAAAUAUCAUUAUGCCCUCGUAAUUCUGCUUUCCAUAUUUUUUUUCUGCUACGUAGGAGCAGAAGUAACUUAUGGUUCCUAUAUUUUUACAUAUGCAAAAAACUUCAUUAAUAUGAAAGAGAGUGAAGCAGCUGGUUUGAACUCUUUAUUUUGGGGAGCUUUUGCAGCUUGCAGGGGACUGGCAAUCUGUUGUGCCACCUGCUCCUACCCUGGAACUAUGAUCUUGCUGAGUAUCAUAGGCACUACUGUAUCCUCUUUGUUCCUGGCACUGUUCAGUACACACCCAUUCUCCCUUUGGCUUGGCUCUGCAGUGUAUGGUGCUUCAAUGGCUACUAUCUUCCCCAGUGGCAUUUCCUGGCUUGAACAGUAUACCACCAUCGAAGGGAAAGCUGCAUCCAUGUUUGUGAUUGGGGCUGCUUUGGGGGGAAUGUGCACUCCUGCAGGGCUUAUGUAUACUUCUGUGGGAGCAGCGGUCAUGACAGCAGUGCUGUUUCCUGUGAUGUAUAAAUUAGCCACAUCAUCCAUUGAUGCGAAGCUAAACGAUCCUGGAGACAGUGAAGUCCAGGAAGCCUUGUUGUCUAGCUCUCAUCUUGAGGAAGAUGAAGAUGGCAGAGAAUGGAAUGAAGUAGACUUUGAAGUAAUUGAGAUGAAUGUCACUCUGAAGAACUCCGUCAUAGAAACAUCCAAGAAGAUCCAAGGGGAGUCUUCUGCUGCCAGUUCUGGCCAUCCUUCUUUAGGAAACACAGCAUUUAAUUCUUCUCCUGUGCUUGAGGUCAGCACCCCGAGUCUAAAGAAUUCCAGUACAGACUGGGAUAAAAAUGAUUAAGGUGGUCUCAUACAAAAUAAGAAUUUUAGUAGGAACUUCAUUCUAAAAAGUUUCAACAAGUUAUGGUAAACUUGCCAAAUCUCAGUUAAGGUUCUUGGUUGUGUGUGAAAGCAAGUACCAAAGAGUAAUUAUGCAAUGGAGGGCAUUAUAUGGCAAAAUGCAGGGUUUCGCAAUGUUUCCUGAAUGUCACAUUUAAAUUAAAAUGCAGGGAACUUUGAAAACAUCACAGUUGUCAUUUUAUAGGCAGUUUUAUAUGCAGACCUCAUUGCAGGCUUUUUGCUCUAUGGCAACCAGAGCAACCUUUACUAAGUAAGCAUCACACCAUAGUUUAAAUCAGAGUUAUGGCUAUGAUAGGUUUAAGAACAUUGGGAAGGGUGUUCCUAAGACACUGAGUGCCAUUUUUAUCAAAAUAUAGUUGCUGAGAUGAACUGAACAACAAUCUCUGAGAAAAAGUUCCUUUAUUUAAAAAGUUCUUGUGGUUUGAAAAAACUGCCUUGCUAUUACAUUUCAGAAGUAUUGCCUUUUGAAACUACUUGAUUCUUGCUAGCCUAGGCCAUUCUUGCUGUAUAAUUGCUGUAUGAAAUGUUUAGAAUCAACAGCAUUUAUGGUACUGCUUCAAGGCUGAAUCACAAAGGUCUGUUGUUUAACCAAGGCAGCCUUCAUUAUUUAUUUCAGUGGUACCUUCUGUGGGGGCAAGAGGAGCCUGUAUGUGUAUCAUUCCUCCUUUAAGGGGGGGGGGGACGGGACACUGUUUUGUUUCUUGCCCAAAAGUCCAUAUUAUUUUCUUAUUGUCUGCCAGCACAGUGUGAUAGUGCUAUGCUAGGCUGUACUAGAAGGGAAGUGCCAUAAAUUGCUGCAGGGAAAUGUCAUGGCUUCCUCUCCACAGGAUACUCUUUUCACUGUCUGUCGUUUAGCAGUCAGGGAGUAUUCUUGAUAAAAGAUGCAGAAUGUGGAGGGUUUUUUUAAAAAACGUAGAAGGAUGGGAGUGCACUUCCACAUGCUUGUAGUACAAACUCUAAUGUUGUAGCCAUUUCUGUUGAAUAGCAUAAGCUUCAACAACUUUUGUAAGUGAACAAGUUUUGGAGAUGGAGGGCCACCUUGAUGCCCUAGAACCAAUAAGGAAAAAACAUGCAAUUUACAUUUGCUUGUGUAUUCUUUUAAUCAAAUGAAUGUGAACCAAAGGGGUUUGUUGCUUUGAAGUGGGAGCUCUUUGUCCUUGCUGUGAAACGAAAAACUUGCAUGAAACAUUGAGAGAAACUAGUGCUGAGGCCAGUAGAGAGAUACGUGGUAACGUUGAGGGGUUGGGAUGUACAGGGAAGUGAAUUGGGGUGGGGGUGGAAAAGGGUUAUGCAUAAGCUGCCCCUAUGCAGAUAUGCUCUGUUGCUUCUGUAAUCACAGCAACACUACUAGGUAAGUGACCUUAAAUUUAAAUGGCAAGAUACUGUGGAACUUUGUUGAGACAUAUUGGAGGAAUUGCAGUUUGUAAGACAAGCAUUACUUUUUGCUGGAAAGUACUGUCAAAUUAAUAUAAAGAACCUACCUCAUGAGGAUGUUUUGAAAAUAGAGUAAAGCGUUUUGGUGUUAAAAAGCUGGUGAAAUAUCAAACUUUUAAACAUGAGGAUACAUUUGUACAAUUAUGUGCUUAAAAAUUAAAACAUUUUACAGUGGCUAGAUCUGUAAAGAGCAGUGUCUAGUCUACAUAUAGUAAAGUUCAGUUCGAAUGAACGUCUAGAAUUUUAGUACUGAUUGCUGGAAUGCACCAUGACUCUUGAUUUGAUGUAUUGGAGCCUAGGCUUAGUUUUGCUCACACAAGCAGUACUUUUACUUACAUUAGGCUGUUGCUGAUUCCCCCCCUCCCCCCGCACAGUGCCUCCCUUUCUCCCUAGGGUCUGCUAUGAACCCCACAAGUAGAGUAUAGCAGGCUGCGAUGUGAAAGGGGAGGUGGGCAGUGCUCCCUGUAAGCUGCGGAGUCUUGUGAGCAAAA